GGAGCUGGCGUGGCUGGGGCGUGUUAAGGAGCACCUUCCGCGCCUCAUCUGGGUAGUGUUUUGCGGGGAGGAACCCUUAGAGAAGGAAAGUGCUUUAUGCCCGGGGCGGAAGAAGAGUUAAGUAGCGUUAGUAGAAGCCUAGCAUCCAGGAAAAGGGAAAGAUCGACUCUGUUUUCUGUGGGCUGAGCCCACAUCUGUGACCCCUGCGGAAAUUACCGAGCCUGCGUUUGCCGGGUGUUCCGGUCUGUAAAUGGGGGUGGUAGUAGCCUAGCCCAGAAUUGCCCCGAUUAUGUGAUCCGGCACUGAUCAAAUUACAUGCUAACGAUGAAUAAUACUGCAGCCAGCCCAAUGUCUGCUGCCACUUCAAGUAGUGGAAGAAGUGCGGGGAAGUCGGUAAGCUUUGCAGCAGAAUUACAGAGUAUGAUGUUUUCUUUAGGUGAUGCUAGGAGGCCUCUUCAUGAAACAGCAGUUUUGGUAGAAGAUGUGGUACACACACAGUUAAUUAAUCUGUUACAGCAAGCUGCUGAAGUUUCUCAGCUUCGGGGAGCCAGGGUAAUCUCUGCCGAAGACCUUCUGUUUUUGAUGCGCAAAGAUAAGAAAAAACUGAGAAGACUGCUAAAGUACAUGUUUUUCCGAGACUACAAAUCCAAGAUUGUCAAGGGCAUCGAUGAGGAUGAUCUUCUGGAAGACAAACUGAGUGGCAGCAAUAAUGCAAACAAAAGACAAAAAAUUGCCCAAGACUUUCUCAACUCUAUUGACCAAACAGGAGAACUCUUGGCAAUGUUUGAAGAUGAUGAAGUUGAUGAAGUUAAACAAGAAAGAAUGGAGAGAGCAGAAAGGCAAACUCGAAUUAUGGAUUCAGCUCAAUAUGCAGAAUUCUGUGAAAGUCGACAAUUAAGUUUCUCCAAAAAAGCCUCCAAAUUUCGAGACUGGUUGGACUGCAGCAGUAUGGAGAUAAAACCCAAUGUUGUCGCUAUGGAAAUUUUAGCAUAUUUAGCAUAUGAAACUGUGGCACAGUUAGUGGACCUGGCUCUUCUUGUGAGGCAGGACAUGGUAACCAAGGCAGGAGACCCCUUCAGCCAUGCCAUUUCUGCAACCUUCAUUCAGUAUCACAACUCUGCUGAGGGGUCUAGCAUGAAGUCCUACCCAGAAUCUCCUGAGACCACGCCUCCUCCCACACCAACAGCCCCAUCAUCUGGGUCACAGCACUCAGGGAAAACCACAGCAGGAUCCCUUGGGAAUGGGAGUGCUGGACAAGACUUGACUAAAACCAAGCAAAGGAAAAGAAAAAAGAGCACUGCGGCCUGUGGUGUUGAGGCUCACAGCGAUGCCAUCCAGCCCUGCCACAUCAGAGAGGCUGUUCGACGCUACGGCCACAAGAUUGGCCCCCUUUCCCCAUUCACAAGUGCCUACCGCAGGAAUGGGAUGGCUUUUCUGGCCUGCUGACGGGACUUGUGACUAUAACAACAGGAAAGGCAUGUUAUAUUAAGGUGAUUUCUGUUCCCCUCUUUGGACAAAAUAAAAUACAAGUUUACCUUCUCUGUA